AUGCGUCUUUGCCGUCGUAUUUACUUUGCUGGGCGAUUCCUUUUGCCGACGGUGCAUUUUCUAUCAUUAAAGGUCAUGGAAGUUGUAGACUUUUCUGGCCUUCCGUUAACCGUUCCGGUCGGUCCGUCAGAAAAAUAUUCGCAUAUGCAAAAUGCUCUGAGGUUGGAUUUGUUCAGGAAAGUGCCAAAUUUGCGAAUUCUCGCUUGCGGUGGAGACGGUACCGUCGGCUGGAUUUUCUCUGAAUUGGAUAAGAUGGGAAUCGAGCCGCCACCGCCGGUCGGAGUUCUGCCGCUCGGCACGGGCAAUGAUCUGGCCCGUGCUCUUGGUUGGGGAGGCGGAUACACCGACGAACCGAUCUCGAAGAUCCUGUGCCAUAUCGAGGAAGGGGACAUCGUGCAGCUGGACAGAUGGACAUUGCGAGUUGAGCCCAAUUCCGAGGUCUCGGUGGAGACGCAGAAGGGCGGCGGUGACGCCACGUUCGGCGAGGGCGAAGUGAAGGAUUCGCCGCCGUUGAACGUCGUCAACAACUACUUCUCGAUCGGGGUUGAUGCUCAUAUUGCGCUGGAAUUCCACGAAGCAAGAGGUGAGGCAUCA